AGACUUGUGGCGGUGCGGGCGCCAUUUUGCCGGAGCCUGGGAGCCGGCGGGAGUGGAGCGCAGCGCGGCCGUUGUUGCCGACUGUUUCCUCCUCCCCACAGUCCAGACGGCGGAGGGGUUGCUUAGGCAGUCGGCCCUCGAGCCGAGAUUGUUUUGUUGUUGUCUUUCGUUUAGUUCUGGGGACCCGCGCGGCCGACGAUGAGUGAUGUGGAGGAGAACAACUUCGAGGGCAGAGAGUCUCGCUCUCAGUCAAAAUCUCCAACGGGAACUCCUGCUCGUGUAAAAUCGGAGAGCAGGUCAGGCUCUCGUAGUCCAUCAAGGGUUUCCAAACACUCUGAAUCCCAUUCUCGAUCAAGAUCAAAGUCCAGGUCAAGGUCACGGAGGCAUUCUCAUAGACGUUACACUCGAUCCAGGUCCCACUCUCAUAGGAGACGAUCUCGAAGUAGGUCCUAUACACCAGAAUAUCGAAGACGAAGGAGCCGAAGUCACUCUCCAAUGUCUAACCGGAGAAGACAUACUGGUAGCCGGGCGAAUCCAGAUCCCAACACUUGUCUGGGAGUGUUUGGCCUCAGUUUGUACACAACAGAGAGAGAUCUUCGUGAAGUAUUUUCUCGAUACGGACCAUUGAGUGGUGUCAAUGUGGUUUAUGAUCAGCGAACUGGGCGAUCACGUGGAUUUGCUUUUGUGUAUUUUGAGAGAAUAGAUGAUUCCAAGGAGGCUAUGGAAAGGGCAAAUGGAAUGGAACUGGAUGGUAGAAGAAUUCGUGUGGAUUAUUCAAUCACCAAGAGAGCACACACACCUACACCAGGCAUCUACAUGGGCAGGCCCACUCAUAGUGGUGGUGGCGGUGGCGGCGGAGGUGGCGGCGGCGGUGGCGGUGGUGGUAGACGUCGAGACUCUUACUAUGAUAGAGGAUACGAUCGAGGAUAUGACAGAUACGAAGAUUAUGAUUACCGGUACAGAAGAAGAUCACCUUCUCCUUACUAUAGCCGAUACAGAUCACGAUCAAGAUCUCGUUCCUACAGCCCAAGACGCUAUUGAUAAUAGAGGGUUGCGACGGAGGAUGUUAUUUCCUAUCUCUUUUUUAAUUGUGGAUUUUCCCAAGCUUCUAACCCUUUAUAGUCUUUCAAAACAUCCAUCCCCGGUUUAUUUAGCAUCCAUACUUGGUCAGUUGUGUUGCUGCUUUCCACCUUUUUAUUGUAUACUCUUACAGAUGUAAUUGCCAUUUUGAGUCAUUAAACAUCUUGAGUAAAAAAGGAA